AUGGAGUGCUGCCUACCGGGUCGCUUCCGGACGCCACUGGAGCUUCAUGCCAAGUCUCUUCAGCGAGCGGGUGGCGCCAUUUCGAUGCAUUUCCCCAUGUUCACCAUUCCAGUCGAGACACUGCUGAAGAUGACGACAAUAGAACCGCACGAGGAGCUUCAGGCCCAGGGAUCUCUCGUUGUCUUCGACCGGAGCAUGGGGAACGCAGCUUUCGUGUCCCAUCAGCGGCCUGGCUCCACCCAGGACCUAGGAUGA